AAUUAGUAAAUGAAGAAUGCAAAAAUUGAACAUAGGCAAAUUUACGAGUAACAAAUUUGUUCGUGCAUAUUCCGGUGAAUAUCGCAUAUUCAAAUUUUUGGGAUUUGGCAACAAAAUAACAGAAGGUAAUGGCGCAAAUAACGCAGCGAAAAAUUGCGUUACAACGACAAUGCAGGAGACUGUAUCUGGCACAUGUAUUGAGCCAAUGUCCAAUACAAAGGAUUCGUCACCUACUAAAGAGGACUCCAAAACAUUGAAAAAUUAUAAAUAUAGCAAAACGGCCGCAGGCUCUAGCAAAGCGCCUCCAAAAGCCCAGAAUGGCGUUGAAGAUGCUGCUAAGGAGUUGUGCUCUGCACCAGCUAAAAAAUCCGAGCAUACUUUGAAGUCCAAAAAAGAAUGCGGUGAAAAGAAAGCGACAAAGAGGCCUGAAAAGUCAAAAUGUUUAAAGCCAGUCUCUCGACUGGAACCAGUUAAGGAACCGCCCGACGAUUGCAAUGUGAAAAAGGCUGAAAUUCCUAAAAUCAAAUUGAAUGAUGGGUGUACGAUGCCCUUGUUUGGUCUGGGCACUUUUGGUUCGAAUACAGACCAGGCCUAUAAGGCAGUCAAGCACGCAAUAAAUGUGGGUUAUCGCAUGAUCGAUUGUGCUCAUGUUUACCAGAACGAGCAAGCCGUUGGUAAAGCCAUAAACGAAACUAUAAAAAACUGCAUUGUGAAUCGCGAUGAACUUUUUAUAACCAGCAAAUUGUGGAAUACUUUUCAUCGGCCCGAGCUGGUGCUGGAGGGUUGCUGUCGCUCUUUGAACGACUUAAAUUUAUCAUACCUCGAUCUUUACCUAAUACAUUGGCCCAUGGGCUUUAAGGAGGGGAAAGAAUUGAUACCAAAUGACGCGUGUGGGCGUGUAUUAUUCUCGCAUGUGGAUUACGUGGAUACAUGGAAAGCAAUGGAGGAUUUGGUACAUCGUCGUUUGACGCGCUCCAUAGGCAUAUCUAAUUUCAAUAAGAAACAAGUUGAGCGAAUUUUGAACAUCGCUAAGAUUAAACCGGUUGUCAAUCAGGUUGAAUGCCAUCCAUAUUUGAACCAGAUGCGCCUUAUGGCUUAUUUGAAGAAGAAGAAAAUUUUGUUGGUUGCUUAUAGCCCUUUGGGUUCACCGGGGAGGUCGUGGGCAAAAGAUGAGCCUUAUCUGUUGGGCGAUAAUAUGAUUAAAAGUAUAGCUUUUCAUCAUGGACGUACAGCAGCACAAAUUUGUCUCCGUUAUCAAUUGCAGCGUGGUAAUGCUGUAAUACCAAAAUCUGUAACUCCAAGUCGAAUUGAGAGUAAUUUCAAUGUGGCGGAUUUCGAAUUGGAUGAUCAUGAGAUGGAAAUUAUUGAUAAGUUGGAUAAAAAAUUACGUUUGGUCCCAUUGUCGAAUUUAUCCAGUCAUCCACAUUAUCCAUUCCACGAUGAAUAUUAAGAUGUGGAUUUCGCCUUCAAGUUCAAAAUUUAGUAGCAGAAGACAAGUAAUGUUUCUUAAAGUAAAAUUAUUUCCGGUAUAAGGAUUUGACAUUUUUUCUG